GGUGCGCGGAGCACGGUCUCCUUGCGCUCCCUGGUCGCGCUCAGGGCACGCCACGGGGGCAUGGCCCCGACAGUGGCGCUGCCUUGCGGCCCUGUCCCUUCAGUCGCCGCUGCCGAAGCACGUCAACUGUCAGAGCUGUCCAACAAGGCGGGGGACAAGUUGGCAGCACAGCGUUACGACCUCAUGGCGAAGCACCUGGAGGCUGCGGACAAGCCGCCGCCCGAGCUGUCGGCACAUGCCCAGAUGCAGAAGGCGCACAAAGAAGUUCAGCAGCUUGAGUCUCGAGCUAAAAAGGACCUGCAGCGCCUCACGAAGGCCGAGGAGCAUGUCGCCGAGCUGGAGCUGUCGCUACGUGAGACUCGCGACCGCCUCAAGCUGGCGGAUGAGGAGUACAAGUCAGCGCUGGUUACGCUGCAGGCCGCGAAGGUCGAGCCCCAGAUGCAGACUGCCACGCUCAAGCUGGGUGACCUUGUCUCGGGCGAGUUCAGCAUCGAGUCCUCCAUCAACUGCGACGACCUCCUCGAGGAGUUUGCGGCCGGAGAGGUCGAGCUGGAGGAAGCGGACAGGAAGGAGUUCGAAUCUCGUCGGGCGGCGCUGGUGUCGGGAGUACAGGAGCUGGCGCAGAAAUUGUUCCAACAGGUUGCGGACAAUGGCAAGGAGGCUCGGUCUGCGCAUGAGGCGGUGCUCAAGCGGGCGCAGCAGUUUCCUGAUGGCGGUGGCGGUGCUCGCGGCCUCGGCGGCGGCGCUCGCCCCCCUGCCGCGGGCUCCAAGCGUGAGCAGAGGCUGGAGAAGCAGACGCAGGAGCUCACCAAGCGAGUGGAGCAGUUCUUUGCUGGUGGUGCCAAGGCCUCUGCCCAACAGGGCGGCGAGGGCGAUAGACCUGCAGCUGCGGCCAAAGAUGAGAAGGAGACGGGGGAUCCUUUGCGCGCGGAGGCCGCGCAGUUGGAGCUGGCCAUCGCUGCGCGCAAGAGCGAGCCGGCAUCUGCGGCCAAGGCGAUGCUGGAGGAGAACCUCCGUGGCGUCAGGGCGCAGAUUGAAGCCCGCAAGCCUGACCUCACGCAGCGCAAUAAUGUGGGGGACAGGCUCAACAGGUGCAAGGCGCGCCUGGUCAAGGUGGGGUCGGAGGUCACCGACAUCACUAAGAGGCUGGAUGAGCUGCAAAAGGAGAAGACGGAGUUGGUGCAGAAGCGCGACACCAUUCAGAAGGAAUGCGCUGAGCUCCAACGGCAGUUGGUUACUACGGUGCCACUUGGUGAGUCGCCUGCAGAUGACACUUUCGGCGUCCCUCAGGAGCUCCUGGAUGGCAAUGCGGAGAUCAAGGCGAUGGUGGACUCCGAACCGUUCAAGGAGUUCGCAAAGCUGUUCCGCCCCCACGUCACACCUGGAGCUCAACGUCCUGCGACGCCUGUGGCGCCACCUGAGGGCUCGGCUGGCGCGGCGCACGUGGACCAGCCAGUGCCAGCAGACGAGUUUGAUGACAUGUUCGUGGAUGAGCAGGCGGCUGACGACUUCUGGGAGAAGCACAAGGGCGACAAGAGGGCUAUCCUGGAGGCGAUCAUGGGGGCAAAUACCAAGAUUGAUUAUUUUCUCGCGCCCACGGCCUUCAGCAAGUUGGUGCAGGAGAUGGCCGCGUGGCCGCGCUCCCUGCACGGCCUAGAUGGACAGGAGGUGGAGUGGUCGCAGUUUGACAGUACGGGACUCUACCAGACUAGCCAGGCGGCUGAGCAGUUGCAGCUGGCGCUUCUGCCCAUCUUCGUGCCGAGGUUGGCCCAUGAGUGUUACAGCGAUUGUAUGAAUCUCGAAGUGAUAGACGCGCUGGCUCAACCAGAGCGUGGGAUUGGCCAGGCCAACUGGCGAGCAGAUCCUGAGGCCAAGAAGGCCAUCGAGCUGCACGCAGCAUUCGCAGCGGCGGCCAAGUCUUGUCUCGACUGCGCAGAGGGCUUCACCCUUUGCGCUGCGCUGCAGUCUCCUGCGCUGAGCCUGAAGAACAGGCGGAGGCGGAUAAGUUUAGUGACAUCUGGCAGCAAGGCAGUGGACUUGCUGAGUUCUGCAAAGGAGGUCAUUGGAGUUCUUUGUCGUGGAGCUCGUGCUCUGCAUGCGGCUGUCGCCCGCACCCUGCAGUGCAAGCUGGCCAUGGACAAGAUAGGCAUGGUUAGCAGCAGCAGCUUUGUUGCUCACAAGUUGGAGGAGUCCCUUGGCAGCUUGGUCGGCACAGCUUGCACGAGGGCCACCAACCUCGGCUCGGACUUCACUGCUGGUAGGCAUGCUCGACUGCAGGUGACGCGGCGUCUGCAGGCUAUUUAUUUCUUGAUCGGUGUCAGCUUUGUGGCGAAGCUAGAGACACUCUUUUUCACCGUCUCUAUGAAUGCCCUGCUGUGCAGCAGGAACGCGAUGCAGUUCUUCCUUUGUGGCUUCAAGAGGAAGCCCGCCAAGCUGGCCCUGACACUGAG